GACGUUACGCAGUCGCCAUUUUGUUUCCCCGGGAGUAAAGAAACCAAACGGAACAGCGCCGGCGUCAGUUCUCUCCGUCACCCGAGCACCGUCCCCCGGCCGAGCAGCGUCCUGCACCCAGGUUACACGAUGUCUGGAGACAUGGCCACGGAUCUUACUGGUGACAUGGCCACGGAUCUAACCGGAGACAUGGCCACCGAACCAGUUGGUGACAUGACCACCGAGCCCACUGGUACCACGACCACCGAUCCCACCGGUGACAUGACCCCGGAUCUCACUGGAGACAUGGCCACGGAUCACGUGAACGGGAACGGCACAGAGGAGCCGAUGGACACCACAGCAGCCGUGGCCCAGUCGGAACACUUCCCGGCGUUACUGGAAGCUGGUUUACCUCAGCAGGUCGCUGAGAAGUUAGAUGAACUCUAUGUGGCCGGCCUGGUAGCACACAGUGACCUGGACGAACGGGCGAUUGAAGCUUUGAAAGAAUUCAACGAGGAGGGAGCGCUGCAGGUGCUGGUCCAGUUCAAAGAGAGCGACCUGUCCCACGUGCAGAACAAAAGUGCUUUUCUCUGUGGUGUAAUGAAGACGUACAGACAGAGGGAGAAACAAGGGACAAAAGUCUCAGAUUCCACUAAAGGACCCGAUGAGGCUAAAAUCAAAGAACUCCUGGACAGAACCAACUACACACUGGACGUCACAACAGGACAGCGGAAGUAUGGCGGCCCCCCCCCUGAGUCUGUGUACUCGGGGGCUCAGCCCACAGUGGGAACAGAGAUCUUUGUGGGGAAGAUUCCUCGGGACCUGUUUGAAGACGAGCUGGUUCCUCUCUUUGAGAAGGCCGGGUCCAUCUGGGAUCUCAGGCUCAUGAUGGACCCGCUGAGCGGCAUGAACAGGGGCUACGCCUUCGUCACGUUCUGUAACAAGGACGCAGCCCAGGAGGCGGUGAAGCUGUGUAAUAACUAUGAGAUUCGCCCUGGAAAGCACAUCGGGGUUUGUAUAUCUGUCGCCAACAACAGGCUCUUUGUUGGCUCCAUUCCCAAGAGUAAAACAAAGGAGCAGAUCGUCGAAGAAUUCGCUAAAGUCACAGAGGGCCUCAGUGAUGUCAUCCUCUACCACCAACCUGACGACAAGAAGAAGAACCGCGGCUUUUGCUUCCUGGAGUAUGAAGACCACAAAACAGCGGCUCAGGCCCGGCGCCGGCUCAUGAGCGGGAAGGUGAAGGUGUGGGGCAACGUGGUGACGGUGGAGUGGGCGGAUCCCAUCGAAGACCCCGACCCCGAGGUCAUGUCCAAGGUCAAGGUUUUAUUUGUGAGGAAUCUUUCCAACGGUGUCACAGAGGAGAUCCUGGAGAAGACCUUCAGUGCGUAUGGGAACCUGGAGCGAGUGAAGAAGCUCAAAGAUUACGCUUUCAUUCACUUUGAAGAGAGGGACGGAGCCGUGAAGGCGCUGGAGGAGCUGAACGGGAAGGACCUGGAAGGCGACGCCAUUCAGAUUGUUUUCGCCAAACCUCCGGAUCAGAAGAGGAAGGAGCGUAAAGCCCAGAGGCAAGCAGCCAAAUCUCAGAUGUAUGACGACUAUUACUACUACCCCCCCCCUAACCACAUGCCGCCGCCUGCCAGAGGCCGGGGCAGAGGCGGCAACCGGGGGGGCUACUCGUACCCACCCGACUACUACGGUUACGAGGACUACUAUGACUAUUAUGGCUACGACUAUCACAACUACCGCGGCGGCUACGACGACCCCUAUUACGGCUACGACGACUUCCAGGGCCCGAGCCGGGGGCGCGGCGGCGGCAGCAGGGGCUCGAGGGGAGGAGCCUCUCCAUCCAGGGGGCGCGGCGGCGGCGGAGGCGCACCUAGGGGCAGGUCCAGCUUCUCCCCGCGUGGCGGACCAGGACCAGGCCGUGGCGGGCGCGGCGCAAGAGGAGGAGUGCAGCCGAGAGGGCGAGGAGGGGUUAAGGGGGUCGAGGCCGGUCCUGACGUGUCACUAUGAAGACUGACCAGCGUGCGGCGCCACCGGCUGCCCGGGGACGGAAUGGUAAGGUCACCUGACUCAGUGGUCCAGCCAUUUUCCUGCUUUUUUUUUCUUUUUCUUUUUAAGGAGCAGAUCUCCUGAAACUGCCACGUUUUUGAAAAAUCAGACUCAAAACAUGGGCUGUUUUUUAUUAUUAUUAUUGUAAAAAAUGUGUGACUCUUAAGUUUUAAAAGACCUGACCACAGCUACGACUGAGGGAGCUCGCCAUGGACGUCCUCCUGGGAAAGUCUUUGCACUUUUUUUGUUUUUUUUUAAUGAAACUUGAUGUAACUUUUUGUUCUUUUAGCUUUUAAACUUCAUCUUUACGAUGGACUAGACGUGAUGAUCUAUGAUUAUCAGAUAAUCUGUGAUUAUCAGGUAGAGUUGAGGUGUGACGAUCACCUGCCGUUUAAGGUCGGGCAUUCCAGAAAACUGGUUCUUUUCUGAACUGAAGCCAGCGAGGGUUCGUUAACUUCCUCCGUUUCGAGGAUGCGUCUCCUCCGUUUCUUUGUGUUUGAGGAAACGGAGGCAGCCCCCCCCCCCCCUUCCCCUCCAAUUCAGACUGUAAAUAAAGAUGGACGACGCGUCUCAACUUCCUGCCACUAUCUAGAAAACAAGCCAAGUGUCUUGGAUACGAAGGCUUCCAUCUUGCACAUUUGGAGACUGGUGUUAGUGGAUCAGUCUCAGCUGUCAAUCAUCAUGUCUCACAACGUUGUUCAGACACAAACUCUUGAGAAUAUCAACACAACAGUUUGUGUUCAUGUCCUGUAGUUGGUGUUUGUGAAGCAGCAGCAGCAGGUUGUCGGGUCCGACUCGUUCACAGCAACAGGAACAUUGAGGCCGUUUGGCUUCAGGGAGCCGUCCCGUCGUCCAUCUUUAUUUACCGUCUGCUCCUCUCCUCCUGAGAUCAAGAUGCACAGGCAACAACAACAACAAGCACUUACAGAGUCUCAGCGAUGGAGGCCAGCUGCUCCUGAACGUGACGAGCAAUGAUGUCACUGACGGACAGACCUCUUCUAGCUUUCUAUUUUUCUUGUCAAAUCUUAAAUGCCUGGAAACCACAGUCAUAGCUUUGUCCUCCACGAUGGGGAAAAUUGUCCUAAUGUUGUUUUUGUUCACAAAGUGACGUCUCGGGUCGCCUGCACCAACACAGGAGCAGUGAAGCCGACUCUUACUUAUUGAGUCUUUGAGCCGGUCUGGAAGAAGAAAAAAAAAAAAGGUUUCCACGUCCUGCAGAGUUUAGUCCCAGAAGCAUAACUCCAGGUUUCCCUCUGCACGUCACUGCAGACGGACGAUGGUGCUGCGAGCUGGACGUGGUCGUGACAAGCGUUUCCUGUGAACUGGUGUUGAAGCAUGUCUUCACUGUGACAUGACGAUGACUCAGACUUUAAAGGAGCAGAUCCAUCCUGACAACCUGAAACUGGUCAGACACUAGGAAGCAGCAUUUUAGCUCAUUAAUAAUAAUCAUCUGCAAAGUGAAUCUGUCAGAAUAGACUUCCACCUGUCUGAUGUUGAUGAUAAAGUCAUCCAUAAAACUUUUUUCUUCAGCUCAAGUCUGAACCAAGUUUGUUCUAUUGUUCUUUUAUUUGAUAACUUUACACUAAACUAAAAACACUGUCAAUUAAAAAAAAGCAUUCAAUUCAGUAAAAUGUUCAGCUCCAGAUCUAUAACACUAAGGUCACGACCCUGAAAUGUACAAAGAAACUCAGAGUUCCCACAUGGAGCCGCUCUGACGCCUGGAGAGAAAAACCUCAUUAACUGAAGAAACCUGUUCCCAGUGAUCGGGUUCUUCAGACAAAUCACUUCACAGAACGAGGCAGUUAACAGAGAAAUGAUCAGUUAUGUUUUGAAUGAAUUAGUCUUGAGGUUGGAUUUCUCCUUUAAACUCUUUAAACAUCAGUUUGUUUUCUUUCUAUUUCUUUAUGUGGCUCCUGUUUUAUUCUUCAGUUCAGAAAGAAUUGUGCAGCUUGUUUGAUUUUUUUCUUCAAACCCAGUUUGUGAAAAUCUUGCAGACUUUUGGAAUUUAAGGGUCAAGAAAUGUUUUUGUUUGUUUUGCUAACAAGUGUGUUUGCAUUCUUGCAAAUGAAUUGUUUUAUACUUGUACAGUGACGCGAGUUAAACCUAUUUUUCUAAUAAA